AUGCGUCAUUUCCUACGCACAACCCUGGCCGAUCGACCGGCAGAGGAACGGUUUCAUGUGAUGGAGCCAGUGCUCGAAUUGAAUCCGGAACACGACCUGGUUCGUUAUCUGUCCGGUCUGGUCGAAUCGAUCUUGGCAGGCGAGCCGAAUGCUAACAGUGCUCUGGCCGGGGCGUUGUUAGACCACCUGUUUGAUAAUGCUCUGGCUCAGGCCGGCCUGUUGGAUGAUGUGCGCGGAUUGGCCAACCGGAUGACUGACUUGAUGACAAAGAUGAUCCAGAGCAAGACGGAGACAUCCUAG